AGCUCAAGCUUGUCACUUGUUGUGCACUUCCAGAACCCAUGUUCUGGGUGGUGGUCCUGUUGCUGGCCAGUGUCCAUGCCCAGACCUGCAACAGCACCGAAUGUGGCUUGAUGGCUAUUGGCGAGGACUCGGCGCUGUUAAGCCUCCGGUCCGGGCCGCGGUCCCGCCGGUCCUUGCUGAGCCGUCGCGCGCGACUUGAUGGAUCGGACUGCGCGUACUGCAUGUGCCUAGAGACGGACGCAGUGAAAUGUGGUGAGCAGAUGGUGACCAGCGCGGAGGAGUGUGGAGAAGACACUGUCACAAGUGCAGAACAGUGUGGCCAGAAGUGGGUGACAAGUGAAGAAAGAUGUGGCACGAAGGUCGUGACCAGCGCAAGUGCAUGUGGAGAGAAGUCCGUGAAAAGUGCCAGCCAAUGUGGAACAUCACUCACAAAGGUCUGCAAGGCCAAGAAGAAUAUCCACGUGUCCUGUGGCUGGAAGAAGGUGGCCAAGAGUUGUAAGGUCCCUAACUCCUGCUCCGUGCCUGCUUCGUGUUAUGUGCCCAACACCUGCACGGUGCCGAAGAGUUGCCUGCAGGCCUUGACCUGCUGGCUGCCGGUGGGGUUUCUGGAGUGCGCGGAUGUCCUGGGAGACGAGCUCCCGAAGAGCGUGAAAGGCGAUUGGAAGAAGUACGUGACCUCCUCGUGCUCCAGCCUCACCGGCUGCAGCAAGAAGGCCGCCCAUGGCAUGGCCGACGUGGUGCAGGACGGAUGGGACUGGAUGCGCAAUGGCUUCGGGAAGGCCUGGGACGAGGGCAGCGAGAAAGUGCUGGGCGGCAUCGACACAUUCGAGGCCAUGAUCGAGAAGCUGGACCUGGAGAAAUCGGUGGUGAUGGUGAAGCAAGAGCUUUUGGACUUGAUGCAUGACGUCGAAGAUGCCAUCGAUCAACUUGCCGAUGGGCCCAUCCAGCUUGCAAAUCGGCCUGAUGGCCAGCUGUGCCCCGCUGCUUUGGGGGAUGACAAGCUCUUCGGGGUUUUUCCCACCGACUGCGGGGUCUUUGACGAGAUGUCGGAGCUUUUGACUCCGCUCCCGACCUCCAGCUCCGACCUCAGCUAUCUCACGGACAACAAGGCGGAUGUCUUUGAGAAGGCUCUUGCGAGGGCCAAGCAAUGCCUCCUGCUCAGCGGCCCUUGGAAAUGGAAAGGUGUCUCGAUGCCCCAUCCCUUCUGGGACUUGGGCAAGAAGGACUUGUGCCUCUCCAAAUCCCUGGUGGAUGCUCUGGAUGUGGUGGUGAACCUGAUCUACAAAGGUGGGAAUGCUGCGUACAACCUAUUCGACACCAUUGCCAAUAAGGUCACCGACUGGACCAACAAGAACCUCCUCAGCGACCUCUCGCUGCUCAGCCUGGAGCAGCGCCGCUCACUGCCGUUGAUCCUCACCCAAAAGGCGAAGUGCGUCAAGGGGACGAAGGAUUGGAGCAUGAAGGUGAAGUUCACAGGCAAGUACUCCUUUGCCGUUUUGAUCGGGACCAGCAAGAUCAUUUGGUCCUUUGGCCUGGGUGCUGGGGUGGUCUUUGGCUGUCAGAAUGAGACCUACAGGACACAUCACAUCCAUGAGAAAAGUCGCUGGCGGGCACCGCGGCCAGCCGUGCAGCAGCCUGCCAGGACCUACCCCGUCAUCGACAUCGCCCAUCCCUUCCUCGCCAUGUUCGCCUUUACGGAGACGGAGGCGACCACGGACUUCUCCGCCUCAGGGGGCCUGGCCUUAAGCGCCAAGGCCUUCUUCACGCAGUUCUCGUCCUUCACGGGGCCCUACUCGGGCUCGGUGAACCUGGGGCUCAAGGUGGCGGCCAAGAAUCUGCCGCUGCCCUGCCCGCCCGAGGUGAAGUGCAGCGCCAAGCGCAGUUUCAGCUUGUUGAAGAUCCCCUCGGGAGAGCUCAUCGAGUUGUCCGACACGGAUGACCUGCUGAACAUGCUGGUCUACCAGCAGGAGCUGGAAUUCGCGGGCAAGUAUGACGACGUCUCCGGCUGGUUCACCUCCAGCGGCCUGCUGCAGGGGGAUUUCCGCUCGGAUCCUCAUCUGCCCACGCGGCUGGUCCUGGGCGCGUUGCACCACCUGGCGGCCUCCGAGAUCCAGGUGCCCAAAGCGGUCCUGGACGCGGGCGUGCACGCCACGCACGAGCCCGUGAGCCUGUCCGAGCUGCAGAGUGCCCAGGCGGAACAGGCGGAAUCUGAGAUCGAGCUCGAGGGGUCUGUGGGCAUUGCAGCCUCCUGGAGCAUCUGCGUGGGUCCUUGGAAGAAGUUGUGCGGCUGAGGCGGAAGUCGGAAGGGCUGACGUGCAAGCUGCACGUGGCCACUUCUGGAGAGUUUAAACUCUGGAUUAAACUGUGGAUUGAUAGGGGUUCCAAAAAAAAAACGAAAACAAGGCCCCCACCCAAACCUUGCUUUGGAAUGAGAACCAUGGAGAGGGAUACCUGUAAAUAUGGCGCUGCUUAGCCAGCCAUCAAUGGUACCAUUUCAAUGGCAAAGCCCAUGGGAUGGCUUAAGAUGCCGCUUUGCUUGCCUCCGGAACGAUGGCCGACAAUCGGCCCCGCCCAGAGAUGUUGAGGAG